CCCAAGAAGACACCCCACACCCCUUGGUGGCCACUCCCCACUCACCUCCCCCCAGCCCCUGCCUCUGCUCCACUUUGUCUCUGUGGAGUUGCCUGUUCUGGACCUUUCACAUAAAUGGAGUCACACACUGUGGUCUUCUGUGCCUGGCCCCAUGCCCGGAGCAUCACGUCCUCAGGGUUCACCCACAUUGUGCGUGUGUCAGUGCUUCACUCCUUUUAUUGCCCAGUGACGUUCCCCCGUGUGCAUGGACCCCAUUUUAUGUACCCAUCGUCAGCUGAGGACGUUGGGUUGCCUCUCCUUUUUCGCUGUUAAGAACAGUGCUGCUUUGAAUGCUGGUGGUGUGAGGUUUUGUGCGGACGGUGUCCCCUUCUCCGGGGUAUUUAGCGAGGAGGGUGUCGCUGCAUUGUGUGGUAAUUCUUCGUGUCACUGUUGGAGGAGCUGCCGCAGCUGCUGCCCCAUUCACAGCCCCCCGGCAGGGCAUGAGGGCUCAUUUCUGCCACCCUGGCACACCUGUCACCCUCUGCCCUUCGCGGGUACAGCGGGUGUGGGAUGGGGAGCAGGGCCACCUGCUGAGGGGACCUCCCUUCCCUGCAGGCUGACGAUGCUGAGCAUCUUCUCGGGGUGUAUUGGCGGCCACUGGCCUCUCUUUAGAGAAAUGUCUGUUCAGAUCCUUUGCCCCUUUAUAAAUUGCUUUGUCUGUUUAUAAUUCCAUGUAAUAACUUAAACGUUCUGGAUACAAGUCCCUCAUCAGACAUGAUUUGCAGAUACUUUCUCCCCUCUGUGGGUUGUCUUUUCAUGUUCUCGGUAAGGCGCUUUGAAGCACAAAUGGUUUUAGUUUUAAUAAAAUCCAGUUUGUCUGAUUUUUUCUUUUCUUAUUUGUCUUUUGUCGUCAUAUCUAGGAAACCCUUGCAUAAUCCAAGGUCAAGAGGAUUCAUCCCUAUGCUUUCUUCUAAGAGUGUCAUAGUUUUAGCUCUUAUAUUUAGGUCCUUGAGUUAAUGUCUGUAUGUGGUGUGAGGAGAGGUCCACCUUCAUUCUUUUGCGUGUGGAUGUUAUUGUCCCAAGAUCAAUCGUUGAAAUACUGUUCUCGUCCCGUCGAAUGGUCCUGGCAGCCUUGUCGAAACCAGCUGACUCAAACUUGAGCUUAUUUCUGGGCGCUCAGCUCUGCCCCCAGCCCUGCUCUGCCGGUCACCUAGCUUUGUGUGGGAGGUUUCAAAAUGGGGAAGUGUGACUCCUCCAGCUUUGUUCUCCUUUUUCAAGAUUGUUUUUGUUUGGGCCACUCCAGGUCUUUUGCAUUUCCUUAUGAAUUUGAGGAUCAGCUUUCAAUUUCUGCAGAGAUUGGGGCUGGAAGUUGACGGGAUCUUGCUGAAUGUGAGCAGAAUCGAGCCUUCGCAGAGUGGGAUGCUGUGCCUUCCACAUGGAGCCCCUGCACGGCUGCUUCCAGGUGGACGCAGCCCAGCGCCUCUCUCCUGCAUCAUGCUAAGCAAGGGAAUCCAGACAAAGAGCACGUGCGCACAAGUGCAGCCGCCCCCGCGGGGCACGCUCCAGCUCCUUCGUGGUGAUGGCGCUUCUGUGGGGACUGUCAUCGUGUUCCACUGCCCCUCAGGCCACCAGAUGGUGGGGUCCGGCCUCCUCACCUGUACCUGGAAGGGGAGCAUUGCUGAGUGGUCUUCAGGGACCCCUGUGUGCAAGGCCGUGCCUCCCUCCGAGACCUUCGGCUUCAGGGUGGCUGUGAUUGCCUCCAUCGUCAGCAGUGCCAUCAUCCUGCUCAUGUCCAUGGCCUUCCUCACUUGCUGCCUCCUGAAGUGCGUGAAGAGGAGUGAGCAGCGGCGCUCAGACAGGGCGGCCCAGCUGUGGCUCCAGCUGAGAGAGGGGGACUUGGAGACCGUGCAGCCCGCCUACCUCGGUCUCAAGGGCCUGAGAAACAACGGCGGUGGUGGCGGGGAGCUGGGGAGCCGGCAUGGCCAGGCGCACGACAACCACAGCUUCACCACAGACAUCAGUGAGGGCACCAGAGAGCUGGCCGGCGUGGCCUGUGGCGUGGACAAGGACCCCUGGGCCCCCAGUGGCCCCACUGACUCACCCUACACCCAGGUGGUGGUGCACACGGUGUACCCAGGGCAGAGGCUGCCUGCCUCCAGGCCCACCUCAAGGAUGCCCAGACAGCCCGCCACCUACAUCCCAGGGUGACUGAAGCCGAGGCCGGAGCUUGCCCUGCACAAUGGAGGGCCACACCAGCCCCACCAGCCCCACCAGCCCCACCAGCCUGCUGCCUGCAUCUCGACAUGUCUCCAGCUCCAGAUGGGUCAGUGAAAGCAGCUUCCGGGUUUAGGGAUCCCACCGGGUGCCGAGCUGGGACCCCGGCUGGGAUGCCCUGUCCCGAGGGAGCCCAGCUGUAGCAGUUUUUAUAGGCAGGCUUGAAGCCGGUGAGGGUCACAGAACCGCUGCCCUCCCUCUGCCCAGGCUCCUUUCCAGAUGCUGGGGACGUUUUAAGCGCAUCUAGUUUUGCAUAGCGAGGGGGAAGGCCACCAACUCCUCCGCAGCGGUCGCAGCUGCCGCCUCGCCCCCUCCCCGGCCCGCCCUCCCGGGGCUGCUGCCUGUGCGCAGGGACCCAGCGGGGUGCCGCACCCUCUCUCUGGAAGUUGUGGUAAGGGGUGUGACAUACGCAGUAAUUUUUCUAAUCCUGAAAAAUACAAAGGUAAAAAUCA